GAGCCGCUGAGCCCCCCAGUCCCCACCCCGCAGCGGCCGGGCCGGGGGGCCCCUCCCCGCAGCCCCCCCUCAGCCCAGCAGAUGCAGCUGUGUGCACAUUGUAUUACGUACAGCCGGUGUGAUGGUGAAAUGGAAUACUGUCUUGUAAUGCACACGCACAAGAUGGCGGAGUUAAGGUUAAGGCUGCUGUUGGAUAAUACUUAGCACUUUUCGUCUGAGAAGCGUGAAACUGUCAGGAUUUCACCUCAUGUUAUUUAGCGCGUGGUAUGAUCGCUCCCCUUCUUGCUUGGUGAAGACCAGGGCACGGUUAUUGCUGAGUUGUUGAUCAAGGCUGCAGAGGUAUCGGGAGGAGAAGGUUUUGAGCAGAGCAGCCCAUGAUUAUGGUGGUUGUUGAUUCAAAUUGUGGUAGUGUCCCGAGAACUCAGCAAGGACCUAGAUGCUGUUCAAAACCACGCAAAGUACCUUAAAGAUGGAUAUAGAAGACUGCAAUGGACGCUCCUACAUAUCUGGUAGUGGGGAUUCCUCUCUGGAGAAGGAGUUCAGCUCGGCGAUCGUGGGACCCACGGUGAGCACCCCAAACAGCCAGCACUCCUCCCCGAGCCGCUCCCUGAGUGCAAACUCUAUCAAGGUGGAAAUGUACAGUGAUGAAGAAGCCAGCAGGCUGCUGUCACAGGACGACCGCCUCAUCGAGAAAGAGGACAGCGUGAUUGUGGAGGACUCCCUCUCUGAGCCCCUGGGGUACUGUGAUGGCACAGGGCAGGAGCCUCACUCUCCUGGCGGCAUCCGGCUACCCAAUGGCAAGCUGAAAUGUGACAUCUGCGGAAUGGUGUGUAUCGGCCCCAACGUGCUGAUGGUGCACAAACGGAGCCACACGGGAGAGAGACCGUUCCACUGCAACCAGUGUGGAGCCUCCUUCACCCAGAAGGGGAACCUCCUGCGGCACAUCAAACUGCACUCUGGCGAGAAGCCCUUCAAAUGUCCCUUCUGCAACUACGCCUGCCGCCGGAGAGACGCGCUCACCGGCCACCUCCGCACACACUCAGUCUCCUCCCCCACAGUCGGCAAGCCCUACAAAUGCAACUACUGCGGCCGGAGCUACAAGCAGCAGAGCACGCUGGAGGAGCACAAGGAGCGCUGUCACAGCUAUCUGCAGAGUCUGAACACUGAACCGCGGCCGCUGGCCGGCCAGCCAGGCGAUGAGAUGCGAGACCUGGAGAUGGUGCCGGAUUCUCUGCUUCACCCCUCGUCCGAUCGGCCGACGUUUAUCGACCGGCUGGCGAACAGCCUCACCAAACGGAAACGCUCCACACCUCAGAAAUUUGUGGGGGAGAAGCAGAUGCGGUUCAACCUCUCCGACCUCCCCUUCGAUGUGAACUCCAGCUUCGAGAAGGAUGUGGAGCUGGUGGCCGCCCACCACCCCAUCGACCCCAGUUAUGGCAGCUCGCUGUCGUUUGUGGGGGCCGAGCACCUACGCCCCCUCCGCCUCCCCUCCACAAACUGCAUCUCGGAGAUCACACCUGUAAUCAGCUCCGUCUACACCCAGAUCCAGCCCAUCCCGGGCCGGCUGGAAAUCCCGGGGAGCCGAGAAGCUGCUGAAGGCCACGAGGACAUUCCUGAGGGGGCGCAGAUUGUGUACCGGGGGCGCGAUCAGGGCAUGUCACCCAGCAACGGCUGCCAGGAUUCCACAGACACUGAGAGCAACCACGAAGAGAGGACCUUGCAGCUGCCGGUGGGGAACUGCACCAGCAGUCGGCAGAGCCCAGCCUAUGCCAAAGAGGACCCCAAGCUGCAGGAGGGCACCCCCGCUGCCCGAGCAACACCCAGCUCAGCCAAAGACAUCCUGCGUGUGGUGAACGAGGAGGGGGAGCAGGUGAAAGCCUUCAAGUGCGAGCACUGCCGGAUCCUCUUCCUGGACCACGUGAUGUUCACCAUCCACAUGGGCUGCCAUGGCUUCAGAGACCCUUUCGAGUGCAACAUCUGUGGCUACCACAGCCAGGAUCGGUACGAAUUCUCCUCCCAUAUAGUGCGGGGGGAGCACAAAGUGUAGGCUAACUCAAUCCUGCCCCUUCGCCCUGAUCUCCCCAUGACUCCUCCCCCUGGCUCUAGCUCCGCCCCCUCCCAUUGGGCAUGGACCUGUUUUUCUUUUAUACUCCUUUGCACUGACUUUGGCUACAAAAUAUUUAAAAAAAAAAAAUCACGAGGGGAGCUCUUAACGAUUUGCCUUUUUAUAAACGGAGUUAUUUAAAUAUUGUUAACGGAUUUUUUACAUUCUUUGUGCUUUUCCUGGUCCUCCCUUAGUUAUUUAUUAAGCUUUUUAUUUCUUUAUAACUCUCUCCCUAAAGCUCUUUGAAUUUUUGUCAGAGACUUGAUCUACUUCUCUCUCUGCCGAGAGGAGCACAUAAACCUCAAGCACACGUCGACGUAACACGCACUCGCGUGCACACGCGUCUUACGGUUUAAGCCUCUCGCCCCCGCCCCUUCCUUCUAACUCUUUUCAGUUUCAGUCCUGGCCACCGUCGGGCGACGAGAAUCUCGGAGUCAGUGCUAAAGUCAAGAGAACUCCCCUGGCCAGGAAAGCCACGAGCGAGCCACAGGGGUCCGUAGGGUGACCGUGCCCCAAGCUUUAAUGGGUGAUCUCUCUGUGGCAUGAAACUGCCUGGAACGCAGAAUGGUGCCCUCUGUCCCCAAGGCGGCUGUUCGACAGCUUCGUGGUGCAGGCUCCUGUAGGCAGCCCUCACAGUGCCACCUGUUUGAAGGAAGGUGGAGCUGAGCAGGACGUUUGCCAGGGCUGCGACGCUCGUGGCUUUUAAGUACAAACUCGGCCUCAGAUCAGAGGUAGGAGGGUAAAGACUUGGACGGUCUGGGUGGGAUCCAGCUGUGCCUGUGAUGAGAUGAAAGUACGUUAGCCGGGAGGAUAACAAGCGUCUUUGAGUGGCGGCUUUGUUCUCCCCUGCUGGGAUCUACUGGCGUGUUCAGCCCACUCCGCUCCCAGAGAGCUGAGGAGAACCUGGCUGAAUUACUUCUUCCUUGUCACACCUGUGUCUUGAAUAGCCUUGUAAGUGUGAGUACGAAACAGGUGUAGGCCUCUGUCCUGGAUUGGGCACCUGUCACUGACCCCCGCUCCCCCAAAGCACUUUGCUUCCUUUAGCAAGCAUAGCAAUGACCCCUCCGUCUGCUGAGCACUGGAGACCUGGACCUGAUCCCAGGAGGACUUUGGUGGUGUCACCUAGUGAACUGUUGUCAGGGUCAGGCUGGGGACAGUAUCCAGGGAAGGAAGGUCGGUCGCUAAACGGGUCAGCCCCUAGGAACCCUAAUCCCGUCGCUUCAUUCUGUGCUGCAUGGUUGAAGUUUCUUCCUUUUCAGCAGCUUUCCCCAGGGGUCGCUGUUGGGCACUUUGCCAUCUGAUUCCGUAGCUUCCCCGGGAGUGCGUAUCUGGCUCUUAUUUGCACAGAGGAAUUGGGGCAGUUGCAUAGGCCCUAAAGAGCUGCACUUUCAAUGUGAAAGCUUGUUGUUGAGUUGGUUUGGGGUCGUUUGGUCCCACAAAUAGUUGUGACGCUGCGUGGCACAGCAGAGGGAUGUGGAAAUUGCGUCUCUAGCACGUCUGUGUAAGCAGAGUGUGUCUUUAGAGUGAUGUUAAGUGUGGGGGGGGAGGGAGGGGAUUUGCUGCAUCAGAGAAGUGGCUUCUGUUGAGAGUUGCAUCUGCUCCAGCAGGCUGCUAACUACUGGUACGUGCUCAAGCCUCCUGAGCGAGGGAAUUGUCCAGGAUCUUGCUCAGUUACUGUAGGGAAACAUCCAAGAAAUGGGGAAAGGUGACUGCUAGCUUCUGGGACGUGCAAAACCAGCAGGAGCUGUGGGGCUGUGGGUUCUGCUGUCGCUUCCCAGAGUAAGAGGAUGAGCAGGAAAUCAUGGCAGUGGAAGGCCCCAAAAUAAUGAGGGGGAGGUCCCCAGAAUCCUAGAACUAGCUGUGAUCCCCGUGAGAGGGAUUUGAAAACAGUCCGUUCAGUCCGCGGACAAAGAGUGGGAGGGAUGCAAUGAUGGGCAGUUGGUAGCCAAUGGCCGGGCUUUCACCUGCUCCAGAGAGGAGGCAGAGAAACAUGCAGCACCCACGAUUAUUUUAUUUUUAUAGAGAAAAAAACCUCCACCUCCCCUGCAACUGGGAUCCUGAUGGUACUUGCACUUCGAAGGGGCGUGAGAGUUACACCAGGCCACAGUGCACAAAAGGGGUAGGAGACUGUGCAUUCCCCUUCCCUGCCAUAAAUUGGUCAGUAGGCCACAGUGUCGAUUAACCCCACUGCUCUGUCUUGGAUAACGCUGCCCAUCGGAAACAGAUGAGUCGCGGGGUGGGGGAGGACCCCAGAGCCUGACUGUGUUCCAGUGGCCAUAACUUAGGGGCGUGAGAGGAGGGAACCCUGCUUUAUACCAAGGCCCACGAUGCAUAAAAAUAAUCACUCAACAGCAGCCCAACAAACUGCUCCCUUGAGGUUUAAACCAAAGGCUUGUUCUUUUUCUACUAAAACAAACAGAACCACCUCACAAGUUGCAACACUCGUUGCUCUUUAUUUUCUUCUUCUUGCUUUUCUGUUGACGGUGUUUGUGUAUCCAGAUGUGAAACGAAACCGCAGAGCCGUUUUUCUUUGCAGAAGCCCGUUGACGGCACAGACCGGCUUGGGCAGAAGGGCCUGUCAUGUCUGAUGCGAUGUUUUGAAUUCAUUCGAGGAGGUUAGGAAAGUUCCCUAGAAGACAUUCUCCACACACCCCCUUUCCAGUUUAUAAAUAUAACCGUUGUGGUGCAAACUCACUUAUUCCUUUCUGGUCUCUUCUCCAGAGCCAGUGGUGGUGGCUCAGAAAGCAUUUUGUACUAGUUUCCACCAAAGCAUAUUGAGCCCUGGCAGACCACAAGAAAACAGACCAUAAAAUCCUAGCAUUCUGAUUACCAUCUUCCAGCUGAAGUGCGAAAUAAAGCCUGAUUGUAUCAGUCAUUCUGGAGCGUGACCAAAGUUAGAUUGAGACUAAAAUUUUGCCUAAAAUUGAGCACUGACCUCCACAUUUGGACUGGGAUUUUUCAAAAGGCACCCAACUCUCAUUGACUUUCAUUGGGAAUUGGGCACUUCAUUUCCUCAAGCAUCUGUGAAAACCCCAAUCCUUAAGCUUCUAAAAUAAGUGGUCUGAUUAUUUUUGUAUUUCUUUUAUUUGGAAUUGGAGAGCACCCACAGCUGCUGUUGAAGACCAAGAGAUCUGUAAGUGCUAGCACCUUUGAGCAAAAAGCUACUUAUUCAGGGGCUGACGUGUAGAUUUAGGAGCCUGAUGUCAUCCUUGUUUGAACAUGUUGACCUCAUACUUUAUACCUCUCAAGAGGUGGGAUUCCUGAGCUGCCGAUGGGGGUUUUAAACUCUAGUGGUUCUUGGGCUAGCAUCUGCUUUGAACAGAACUGAAGUGAGAAGCAAGAUGUUAAUCAGAAUGACGUGAUUCCGUUACUUCAGAGCAUUCAGUUCUAGGCCUAGUGAUUUGAGAGAGCCAACCUUUUCAAAGUCACUGCCUUAGCAGUUCUUUUUCAGCACUGGUCCAAUCCUCAAAAUACCAGGAUCUGGAGUUCAAUCCCUUUUCAUAAAUAUGCUCAGAAAUAAUUUCUCUUGCCAUAUGAUCUGACUGCAGAAAUCUCCAUCUAGGUACGGCAUGAAUACGAAAACCAGGCAGGCCCCUUGCGGCAAUUUACACAGGGCUGUGCUAUGCCUUUAAGACUUUCUGGAUGUUAGGGAUAGCACUUGUUAAAUUGGCAAGGAACUGCUGGUUUUCCACAAGGUAGCAAUAAAAGGCAAAAUGGAUCGAUUGUGUGCAAUUUUUGAGAAGUGUUCUCCAACGGAGCCCCAAACUGUCGGUUCUCACGCAGAAACGAUGCACUUUCCCUGCUGCUUGUCUGCAGCUGAGCUGGCAGAGAGAGAAGGAAACAAACAUCAUGUAAAGCGGUCUUCUCUGAGCAAAACUGGAAACGAAGCGGAGAGCGAGACGUGGGUCUCCUUUUCUGACUGUCAUUUGGUAAACUCCGUCAUGGAAAGCCAGUGCCCGGGUUGGCUGCCGUUUGGGGGAUUUUUAAAGCACGGUUGUGGUCUGAAAAGCAGACUUGUAAAGGUGACAUUAUUGCUACUGUGUGUGCUCUCUCCGAUUCACUUUGAAAAAUCCACCUUUUGACUUGCAAAGGCAACUUCUGUGCCACCAACCAUCUCCCACUCAGUCUGAAAAACCGGCUGGCUUAGUUCUACCUCCAGCCUCUAAAGUCCACAGGUGGACCAGCGCUGCUGACCGUUGAUGCACACGGCAGGACAUAAUCACCCUUCGGGUGCUCAGUUGGCUCCUGCAGGGCUCACAGAAGUAAAAACUCCUUUGCCCAGAUCAGAUCUGCUCAGCUUCCCUGACAGCCAAGGAGCUAAAUGAAAAUGUCCGUUUUAUAGUCACUUUUGGACCACAACCGCUGCACUGUCCUAUUGUUGAUUUAGUACGAAAUUCAGUUAAGCUCAACCUGACUGUUAUCCCCAGUAGACUGUGAAUAAGUAUGAAGAGCCCCACAACCGCGGCCCCCAUGCCUCCCAUUCCCCUCUUCAAAAGGUAAAACCAACACACUAUUGGGGGGGGGUGUUUUUAAACAAAGGGAAAGGGAAGUUCUGAACUUUAUAAACACCUUUUUUCCGCAUCUUUUUUCUUUUACCUGUAAAAAGAGUCUAAAACAAAUGUAGGAAUUUUGUAAAACUCCAGGUUGCUUUACUUGUGUAAAUAUAUAUAUAUAUAUAUAUAUAUAUAUAUAUUUUUUAAUCAGAUGUAUGAACAACAAAAAAUAUGAUGUGCAAUACCCCAACCCUCUUCCAGCACCAACAACUCCUCCUUCCUUUCUAAUGACUUUUCAUUUGUAUAUCGUUAAUGGAUUUGCUGUUGUCUUCGGGUUUUUUUCCCUUUUUUGUGAGGUUAGACUCGCUUUUCAACAGAACUCUUACCGCAAAAGCUUUUUGUAUCUGUAAUAUAUUGUAAGUAAAUAUUUGUGUAAUGGAGAUAUACUACUGUAAGUUUUGUACUGUACUGGCUGAAGGUCUGUUAUAAAUAAACAUGAGUAAUUUAAUG